GCGGUUCUGCGCUCUCAUCAUGGCGGCGCGGGGCCAUGUGCAGGACCCCAACGACCGGCGCCUGCGGCCCAUCUACGGUACGGUGCGCGCGGUCCCUUCCCUGCCGGGCCCGGCCCGGCCCGGCGUGCCGCGCCGCCGCCCCGCGGAGCUGACCGGACCCGUGGGGCUGCGGCGGGCAGCGAGCGGGCCCGGUGUGUGCCGCCAGGCCGCCCCUUCCGCCCGGCGCUGCGGCCUCCCGCCCCGCGGUGCUGGGGCUCCCGGCUCUGUGCCGGGCUCGGGGCUCUGUCCCACCGUCCGCCCGCGGGCGCCGCGCUCGGUGCGCUUCUCGGCGCUCCCCGCACCUCCGUCUUUUGCUCUCCGUUUGGUUUCUUAGCGGAGCUGCUUAGUCCCGCGCCUGCCCCUGCGCAUCGCUCUGCGUGGGGAGUCGGGGUUACGGGUUGGUUCGUUUGUGUAACGAAAACAAACGAGCGGUCACGAAUGCCUUAACGUUGCGUGCUGAGUGGCACAGACUAAUGACUUUGUUAGGGAAAUUAAUUUGAAGAUGAGCGAAGUUAGGAGAAGCGAUUACCUUGAUAAUGGCAAUAAUAAAAUGGCAAUCCAGCAAGCAGAUAAACUGCUCAAAAAACACAAGGAUCUUCACUGUGCAAAGGUUCUAAAGGCAAUUGGCUUGCAGAGAACUGGCAAGCAAGAUGAAGCGUAUGCUCUGGCACAAGAAGUAGCAGCACUUGAACCCACAGAUGAUAAUUCCUUGCAAGCACUAACUAUUCUUUACCGGGAAAUGCAUAGACCGGAACUUGUAACUAAACUUUAUGAGGCAGCUGUAAAGAAAGUCCCCAACAGUGAAGAGUAUCACUCUCAUCUCUUCAUGGCCUAUGCCAGGGUUGGAGAAUACAAGAAGAUGCAACAGGCUGGAAUGGCACUUUAUAAGAUCGUACCCAAAAAUCCUUACUAUUUUUGGUCCGUGAUGAGCCUGAUUAUGCAGUCUAUUUCAGCACAGGAUGAAAACCUCUCAAAGACGAUGUUUUUGCCGCUAGCUGAGAGAAUGGUGGAAAAAAUGGUAAAAGAGGAUAAGAUCGAAGCUGAGGCUGAAGUCGAACUUUACUACAUGAUUCUGGAACGUUUGGAGAAAUACCAGGAAGCCUUAGAUGUUGUGAGAGGAAAACUAGGAGAGAAGUUGACAAGCGAGCUCCAAAGCCGUGAGAACAAGUGUAUGGCAAUGUACAAGAAGCUGUGUAGGUGGCCAGAGUGCAAUGCGCUGUCAAGAAGACUGCUGCUGAAAAACUCAGAUGAUUGGCAGUUCUAUAUAACCUACUUUGAUUCAGUAUUUCAACUCAUAGAUGAAUCCUGGACACCUCCUCUGGAAGAAGAACACUCUUUGGAAGGAGAGGUACACUACUCUAUAGAGCAAGCUGUAAAAUUUAUAGAAGAGAGAAUAACAGAAGAAUCUAAGAGCACCCGGCCACUUCGAGGCCCAUAUUUAGCUAAACUGGAGCUGAUUAGACGAUUGCGUUGCAGAGGCUGUAACGAUGAAUAUAAACUAGGUGAUCCCGAAGAACUAAUGUUCCAGUACUUCAAAAAAUUUGGGGACAAGCCCUGUUGUUUCACUGAUCUCAAAGUAUUUGUGGAUCUCCUCCCAUCCAGCCAAUACACAAAGUUCAUCAGUCAAUUGCUGGAAGUAAUCCCUCUGUCAUCAACAGCAGAGAGUGAAAUCGCACUGCCAGCCGACAUCAAAGCUCUUCAACAACACUUGUGUGUGGUGCAGCUCUCCAGAUUGCUUGGUAUCUAUCAUGCCAUGGAUAAGAUGCAAAAGCUGACCGUGGUCCGGGAGUUAAUGUUGAGAUACCACCAUGGAUUGGAGUUUGGGAAAAGUUGUUUGAAAACUGAAUUACAGUUUUCGGAUUAUUACUGCCUCCUUGCAGUUCACCUGCUGCUUGACCUGUGGCUAGAGGAAGGUGAAGAGAUGGCUGUGUGGCAGUGCCUAACCCUUUUAGAAGAAGGAUUAUCUCAUAGUCCUUCUAAUGCUCAGUUUAAAUUGCUGCUCAUUCGAAUCUACUGCAGGCUUGGUGCAUUUGAACCGGUUGCAGAGCUUUACUCCAGCCUUGAUGCAAAACACAUACAGCACGACACCAUUGGCUAUCUCCUGACGCGCUAUGCAGAGGCACUGGGCCAUUAUGCUGCUGCAUCCCAAUCCUGCAAUUUUGCACUCAGGUUUUUCCACUCCAACCAGAAAGAUACCUCAGAAUACAUCAUUCAAGCCUACAAAUACGGUGCAUUUGAGAAGAUUCCAGAAUUCAUUGCAUUUAGAAAUAGGCUGAACUCUUCCCUUCACUUUGCACAAGUUCGCACAGAACGAAUGUUGUUAGACCUCUUACUUGAAGCAAAUAUAUCUUCUAGCUUAGAAGAAAGCAUAAAGUCCAUGAGUCUGAGCCCAGAAGAGGAUGACAUUCCAUGGAAAGAUCUGCGUGACAACAGAGACCUGACAGUCUUGUUUAACUGGGAUCCAAAAGACAGGGACAUUUCUGAAGAACAUAGGAAACUCUCACUGGAGGAAGAAACCCUGUGGUUGCGAAUCCGGUCUUUAACUUUAAGGCUAGUAAGCGGACUCCCAACUCUUAGUCACAGUAUUCAACCAAAGAACUCUGAAAAGACUGCAGAGAAUGGCGUCUCAUCCAAGAUUGAUACAAUUCGAUCUCUGCUUCAGCAGCUGGAAGCGGCAGUGGAUUCAGGGAAGAAGUUUCUAGAACAAAAAAUUCAGUAUCCUGUCCUUGGCCCUCCUCCUACCCGAAUGGCUGGCUUCUUCAGUAAUGGCAGCUGUCAAUGCCAGACUAGCUUGUUUUAUCUUGUUAGUGAUAUUUAUGAACUAGAUACCAAUGGCUUAGAAGAUUCAGCAGAAGUCCAGGAGAGGAUAGGGAAUAGUUUCAAGUCUUUAAUAGAACGCCUAACGGACUUGUUCAAUAAAUGUAAAGGUGACUUGAUUGAAGUCAGAGAUGGCACCUUGAAAACUCAGCCAAACCUGCUAGAAAACUUAGUCUUCUUUGUUGAGACCAUCUCCAUCACUCAGUGGGUAUCAAGUUACUGUGAUGGUGUCCUUCGACCUUUUAAAUCCAACCUGCAAAAAAAGAAGAAGAAAAAAAAAGAAACCAAUGUAGCUAUGCCACCUGUAUUUACACACUUUCUGGAUUAUGUUACUGAACUACAGACGUUAACUUCCAAUGUAAUAGAUCACAUCAAAGGGCUUGAAAUAAUUCUGACUGCACUAAAACUUGAAGAGUUGUCCCUCAAGGACACUCUGCUUUUACAGGAAGAAAAAAAGUUUACAAAGACUGUGCAAGGGAAGGUCCAGAGCAGUUACCAUCACUCGGUUCAGGAAAUUGGAGAACUGCUGAAAAAGAGACUUGAUACUAUUAAAAAACUAAAGAUUUGAGAAAUCAUUGACAGACUCCACAGGAGAGUGACACCAGAGUCCCAGACAGAAGCAACAUCUGAUGUACCAUCACUUCAAUCCAGAACUUCCUCAUAAUGCAUGAAGGACUUAAAAUCAUAAAACAAUUUUUUUAGGUAUUAUAGAUGUAUUCAGCUGACUUAAAUUAUUGUACAUAAACAAGGAGCAGGGACCCGUAUUGGGGUUUGACCACUUUUUAUACAUGUUCAUAAGCAUAUUACAACAGGAGAAAAUUGAAUAACUUUCUUCCCUUCUGAUCUCUAGAAACAACUGGAGAUGGUCGUUAGCAGCAAUAGAAAUCCAGUGUAAAGCAUAUAUCUCAAAGGAGUUGUAUUUUCAUCACCAUACAGUGUUUAUAAUUUUUGUAUGGUCCUUGCCUUAGAAUGCAGAAGCUAUAGAUGCCCACGUUCAGCCACCUCCAAUGAAAUGAGCCAGUUCUGGAGCUGCCUAUGUUAUCCACAAGCCACCUGGUCCUACUGAGUUCAGUGUGUUGGCCCAGCUGGGAGAUGGGAGGCUGUGCUGACAGAACACCCUCUGUGUGCAGCUUUCCAGCAGAGCCUAGUGGGGAGGCAGGUUCCUCUAAGGGCUGAACAUGGAGAGAGCUGCUGGAGGAAGGAGGUAGUAUCAGCAUACACACAGGUUGCUUUCAUAUUCAGAGAAACUUCAAGCCUGAGGAGGAGCAAACUUGGCCAUUAAGCUUUAGAGAGAUGGGAGUCAGUGUUUUGGCAAAAGACAAAAGUAGAGACCAUGUAUAUAAUAGCUGCAGUGAUGUCUGACACUGCGUUCUAAUUUCAUGACAGUUUAAUGUAAAACAGCAAUCAUCAUGACUUCUAAAGAAGUGUAUUUAGAUUACUGAGACUUUAAGACUUAAAUAUUUUCAUAGAAAUUAAAUCCUAUUGGCUUUGGUUUUAAGUUGGCAGAGGUAACUUUUGCUUCCGCUGUAGUAUGAGGCUGAGAAUACUUUUUAUAACUAUGCUUGCUUUUUGCGGUUGAUCUUUGAUUAUUCAAGUACUAGCUCAUUAGGCAUUCUCGUAGUGCAAUCACAUCAUCUGCUCCAACUGAAUCUGCAUUUCUGCUGUUGUUUUUUGUUGUUGUUGUUUUGUUUUUUGUUUUUUGGUUUUUUUUCAUUUUAAAUGAGUAAUGCAGCCUAAAACUUGUAGGCAAAAAAAUUGUGUUGCACCUACAAUCCAAGGGACAGGUCAGACUUUUACAGAUUCAUUCUGAUUUAAAGCAGCUAGUAUCUGAAGUCUAUAUUUAAAGUUUUAAGAGAGCUGACAAUCCUUUGUCAUCUCUUCUGAAUAUGUUUUGUUAGAAAUGCUAGAAUGUUGAUGAGAGUAUUUUUUUAAAAUAAAUCCCCUGUGUAAAAAUUCCACCUUGCUGCUCUUGCUGGGUUUAGUUUUGCUUUGCCCCAUCCUGUAAGGGAAAGAAGGCUGUCUGCAGGUUGUCUAAAUUGUAAUGGAGAUCUUAAUGGUUUAACUGUGAUGUCUGGUAAGUGCUCUCGGCUGGAGGAAUACCAAAAUGUGUUAAGUCUGUUUUAUAGUAAUACUUUUCCUGAGCAAACUGAACUGUCUUAUACGUUGUAUAGAAAUACCGUUUUGGAAAGAAGGGUGUGUUCCUUAAAUUAAAGCAAGACUGAUAACUGAUGUUGAUGCUUUGAAACACGUAGGGCAUGUGCAGAGAUUAUGCAAUUAAUGGAGAAGCACUGAGCCAGAAAUCUGCACAGCUCAUUUUAAUUAAAGGAGGAAUAUCAGCAAUGGCUGAUACUUGUCUGCCCCAUCCCUUUCCCAUGGCAGUGCAAAUGUAGAUAGGGCUUCAUGCAACACCAGUGUUGAAUGCAGAGUUGACAUGGCAUCCUCAUCCAGAGGGCACAGGCCAAGGGCUGGCCUGUGCUGGAGUUUCCUUGCACUGCUGCUGCAACAAGUUGAACUGAACCAGUCAUUUCAAUGAACAACACUGACAAUGUAAGUGAAGUAAUGUUAACAAAAUCAAGCUUUUAUAAUCCCAUGUGCCAGAAAGCAGAACUUGCUUUAAAAAAAAAAAAGUUUUCUGCAUCCGUUUCCUUAAAAGCAGAAUUGAAACUGCUGGGGGAGACUUGUGUCAUAUGAAACAGUCUGAGAUAGAAGCAUGGCUCGCUUCCCAUCAGCACUUGGCAUGGCUCAGGUCUGCUGGUGGCUGGUCUCAAACCAUCUGCAAGUCUGCACGGGGAUUGCUGGCUGUGUUUCAGAGCUGCCUGCUGUCCCAUUUCCAGGUCUGGCCACCAGUGAAUGAUAAACUUAUCAAAUACAAUUUUUUUAUUUACUCAGUGUUUUAUAAACCAGACGCCGCCAUCUCUUCACAAGCCUCUUCACAAUCCUCUCUCUGGGAGGAGAUGGUGGGGUACAAAAAUGAUUGUGUACUGAUUGUCUGGGGGCUUAGUUGAGGGAAAAAUUCUCUUACAAAUUGUGUACAGUUAAAUAUAUAUUUCUUACAAAAGAGUGUUUCCCCUCCAGCAUAUGUCCCACUGGCACUUGGUAAGAAGUUCAAGUUAUAACCCAUUGCUGCUGUUCACCCAUUUCCACUCUUGGGUGGGUUUUUGUUUUUGAUGAUGAUUUGAAAAGAAUACUUGGGGGGGAAAAAAAAAAAACCUACCAAGUCUACUGUUUACAGACUGAAAAAAUACUGUUUUUGUACUACUGGGAUCAUGAGCCAUGAUCCUUUUACAGAUUUCCUCAACUCUUCUCUUUGCUUUAAAUUGGUUUCUGAUGUAGAUAAAGGUCAGAAGUCUCUUACCCUGCUUUGUCUACAUGCAGAAGAAAAUGUACAAUGCCUGUUUGUGUUCCCCAUCAUUUUGUACUUUUUUUGUACUUUUUACCACUUCUAACUGUUCAAGAGUUGCAUUUAUAUUUUGCGAUCAUUGAUAAUCAUGACUUUAUUUUAACCGUUAGUAAUCUUAAAUGGGAUUUCUUGUUGUCUCUGCAGCCUUAUCUGAACUUUCUCUUCCUUGACUAUUCAUUGUAAUUUAUGACUGUAGAAGAUAUGUAUGCCUCAGCCUUCUACGGCCAUAAGUGACAAAACUGCAAAAGAUCUGCUUUAAACUGGAUGGGUUUAUAAUUUAUAUAAAAGUCAGUUUCGUUACAAAUCA